ACGUGCCUGAAUUUAUUGUGACGAGGUACGUUUGAGGAAAGAAAGGUUGGGGAGGCUGAGACGGCGACAUGGCUGACGUUUUAAGUUUACUUCGUGUUUAUCACUCUCAGAAUAAGGUUAUAACGGAAAGAAACGAUGAUGUUAUUUUCGGAGAAUUUUCAUGGCCCAAAGACACAAAAACUAACUACGUUACCUAUGGUACUGGCAAAGAAGGGGAGGCAAAGAGUUACUACACACUAGAAUCUAUCCUCUACCUACUGAAGAAUGAGAAGCUCACUCACACCAGCUAUGUCAAGAAAGCACUUGAAGAGAAUAUUCCAGUAGUUCGUCGUCCCGACAGAAGAGAUCUGCUUGCCUAUCUUAGUGGGGAAAUAAAAACAUCUGCAAAUAUCGACAAAAGUGCACCCCCUGAAAUAUCAAGGCAGAGACCAACACAAGUCAAAAGAAGUGCAGAUGAACCGCAGAUAGAAACGACCAAGAAAAGAAGAUUUGAGGAUGAUGAAGUUCGACGAGACAAGAAACGUCUCUUGGAGAGACUGGAGGGUCAUAAAGAAGGUGCCGUGGCAACAACUGAUCACAUUCGAUCUCUCUCUGAUACAAUGUCCAUCGAGCGUAUCGCAUCCAUCAGAGCGAAGAUCCAUACCAAGAAACGUGUGACCAUCAAGGCGGACGUGGAGGCUGACCUUGGGGUUGGAGGUCUUGAGCAGCGUAGUUUCAUCGACGCCGAGGUCGACGUCUCGAGGGAUAUCAUGAGCAGAGAAAGGAAUUGGAGAACGAGAACAUCUGUACUAAGGAGUAAUGGAAAGGAAUUCAAGAACAUCUUUGCUAUUCUUCAGUCUGUGAAGGCAAGAGAAGAAGGCAAGCAAGGCCAACAGAAUCCGAAUCAAUCAUCACAUCAAACCCCAUCACAAAGCCAGCCCACAGAAAGAAGAAAAACGGUUCAGCAGACUGCACAGUACAACAGAUACGAUCAGGAGAGAUUCAAAGGAAAAGAAGAAACUGAGGGUUUCAAGAUCGAUACCGGUGGCUCCCAUAUGCUGGCCUUCCAUGGGAUGUCUAAUCUCAACAAACCUGCACAGGAAACUGCACCUGCCAGGAAACCUGUUACCCCUGCACCAGCACCGCGCCCGGAACCCGCAGCGGCCCCUAAACCCCAGACACCUGCCAAGAGGGUAUCGCGUACCCCCAUCAUCAUCGUCCCUGCAGCAACUACAGCUCUCAUCACACUCUAUAAUGCCAAGGAUAUAUUACAAGAUUUUAGGUUUCUUACAUCGGAAGACAAGAAGAAACAAGGUGCUAGGAAGGAGAAUGAUGUCUUGAUCCAGAGAAGAAAAGACGACGGUAGCACGGUGCCCUACAGGGUCAUAGACACAAUCACCAAACUCACCCAAGCAGAUUGGGAUCGUGUAGUAGCAGUAUUUGUUCAAGGACCAACAUGGCAAUUCAAAGGAUGGCCAUGGAUGAAUGGCAACAACCCUGUAGAUAUCUUUGCCAGAAUUCGUGGUUUCCAUUUGAAAUUUGAUGAAUUCAAGAUUGAUCCAAACGUCAAGAAAUGGAACGUCCACAUAAUGGAGAUCAGUCGGAGUAAACGCCAUUUGGACAAAGCUAGGCUUCUCAAUUUUUGGGAAGUAUUGGACAAGUACAUGGUGAAAAACAAAUCACAUUUGAGAAUCUAAAGCUGAAGAUGGAACUCUUGUUAUUCAGGGCAGUACUCAAAAAGCAACAUUGAAGAUGCUGUGGCAUGAUGAAUCCUGGAGUCAAGACUAGACGCAUUGGUUUAGUACACUAAACAGACUACAUGAAUGUAUGAUGGCCGAUCUCAGACGUAAUCUAUCUGUCAUCAUCAUUGAUGAUCAGUAACAUGUGAUUCAGAUGUUUCCUCCACUGACGAUGGAUAGCGCUAUCAAUCACCAUUGGUUAUCUGUAACAUAUUAUUCAAACAUUAUUACUAUUUGUGAUGGAUAGCGAUAUCAUUCAAUACUGACGAUUGGUGAAGUGUUUUUCUGAGGUUAUUACCAUUUGUCUUGGAUAGCGCUAUCAAUCACCAGUGGUGAUCAGUACUGUGUCAUUCAAUAGUGACGAUUUAUGAAGUGUUUUUCAGAUGUUAUUAUCAUUUGUAUUGGAUAGUGCUAUCAAUCACCGGUGAUGAUUGGUAAUGUAUUAUUCAAGUGUUAUCUCUUCUUGCAAUAGGUAACAUGUUUUAAGCUCUUUCUCAGCAGCAUUGCAAUGUAUGAUGCGUCACAAUGUACAGUACACAUUGCCCAUGGUGAUACAUGUCACAAUGCAAAUAACAGCACACCAUAUCAUGCAAAAUCAAAGCCCCCCCCCCCCCCAUUAUAAGCAGCAGAGAACAGUAAUAUUUCAUUUUGACAUUAUUACCACUUGCUAUCCGGAGCACAAACGUGGUUGCAAGUGGUGACAGGCGUCGAUUGGCAAUCAGUCACCACUCGCAAUAAAGGAUCAUUCAGUCUGUGAUCUUUCACCACCGGUCAUUGAUAGCACUGUCCAUCAUGAUUAGCUAUAAUGCUGAUAUUGAGAUAUUUGUUACAGAGGAAAAUACCAAGGAUCUGCUACACAAAGCAUAGCAAUUGAUCGCAAUCCGUUUGUUGAUAUUUCUUGGUAAGAGACAUAGACAUUGCACCUGUUACAUGUCUUACAGGGGUUCCAUGACAUUUACUCCGGGGACAAUUGCUCCGAUGGAAAAUCCGCAUGUUAUUAAGAAAAACAUAUAAUCUGACCUCCAAAACUAAAUGAACCCUAAUCCUUAUCUUUACAUUAUUCUGAACUAGGAACUCUAUUACAACCCUAACCUUAUGUCCUCUGAGAUAUUUGGACUGGAGCAAAUGUCGCAGGAGCAAAUGUUGUGUCACCCGUAGAGGUGUAACCCUUGAUUAGGGGAGAGGGGGAUGUUAUGUUACGUAGAAGAAAGUGUUUAGAAUUGAUUUUAUGAAGGGCUAUGGUAGAAUGUGUGUACAGCAAUACCAUGUGUACAGAAAAGGAUAUCACGUCAUUGCACCAUUUGUAUUUUCAGCUACUUUUCAUAUCUUCAUAGAAGUAUUGGUAUUAGUACCGUUCAAAUGACAAACAAAAAAUUGAGUGGGCCAAGACCUUUUUCUUCUUCAGACCAUUUGUUAAAUUACAUUAUUUUCUUCUUUUUUAUUAUUUGAUGCAAGACCAUAUAAAAUUAUUGUAUGCCCCACCCACCAUUUUUUAAAUGACAUAAUGUGAUCAAAAUAGAUCCUACAGAGCUGCCAAAUAGUACGAUUUUGUCGUAUUCCGUACGAUUUUUCAUUUAAAAUCCGACGCUAGGACUUUUAUGAAUAAAAUAUGAUUUUACAAAAAAUAUAGCUAUGGCAAGGCUCGACAUUACAGAAAUCCACUACGGGCAACCAUUAUUUAAAAAUGUGAAGUUUUGGUGCCCCGAAUUGGGCAACCAAUAAUUUUCAAAGUAGCGCAAUUUUUCUCCCGAUUUUGCACGCAUUUAUCAACUUUUUACAGUUCAAAUUGCAAGCCAAUUCGUCAUGCGCCCUUUUUGUUGAUCUACACACACACAUGACAGUACAUAGGCUUACCGCUAUAGCAUACAGUAGCUAUUAUCCAGCCGGCCGGCUGGCGUGAGCUUUGCAUGAAACCUCUGCAGCUACAUGUAGCUAUCUGUGUGCUAGCAGCCUAUUCAGACUCGGGUAGCUACGAUACAAAAUGUUGCUGCUAAGAAAUCUUCCACAGAACUUUGAAAAUCUAUGUCAAAGUCACAUUUUACACCAAUGAUAUGCCCUUCUACAGUCCAUAUUACUAAAAUUUGGUGUAAACUGAUUAUUUGCAAGCAUUAAAAAGAGGAAUUAUGACCUCUCUUUUGACUCAAAUAGACCGAUUUCCAAAUGUAUUAAUACACAUAAAAACACAUAGGUGAGUACAUCACAGUCCCACAUGUGCAUUUGUAUGUAUGUUGAUACUUGGUUUCUUUUGAAGCUGUGUCUUUUCUAGCCAAAAAUAAGCAAACAGUUUCUUUCUUGUUUAUAAAUGACUUCUUAAACCACUCUUCAGAAAGAAAAUACUUUGGGAAGGCAUUUCAUUGAUAUGAAAUGUGAAUUUUUCAAACAUUUUAGCAAACAAAGUGAAGGACUUUUCUCACACUUUUUUUCCAGAUAUAACUUUUGCCGUUUUCUUAUUUUUUUUUUUUUUUUUUGACAGUGGUUAAACCAUAUACCCCUUCCCAUUGAAUAUGCCUGAUUAAAGAAUGUGUUUCUACUGAAAAAAAAAAAAUUGUCUAAAAAUAGGAUUUUUGGGGUGAAAUAAUAGGAUUUUUGGGGUGAAAUAAUAGGAUUUUUGGUCAAGUGUGGUUGGCAGCUCUGACCCUAAUAUCAUGUAAACAACCUAUUUAUGUAGCAUUUGAAUUUGUUUCACUGGUUGAAAUGCAAGUGUCCAUAUGUUAUAUAUUAAUUAGCAGAUCAGUCCAUUAUAUUUGUCUUUUCUAGCAAUAAAUGAUGCAUACUAUUCCAUUUUCUGACAACUAAAAUACUAAUAUAAACUGUGUAAUAAUUCAUUCUUACUUUGCUUCAAAAUCCAGAUACUUUGAGAAAAACAGCAUUCCUGGAUAAUUAUCUUAUUAUGAAGAAUAAUCACUUUGUCAAAGUUGCUUUAAAGUAGGUAAAAGCUCCACAUUUGUAAAUAAACCUUCGGCGCAUUUACUAUCCUUGUUUAGAAAUUACUAAUGUACAGUGUACAUAUAUAUAUAUUACAUGUAAAGGAUUAUAUUGUCAUGAUCCUGUGUAAGAAAUAUGCCUUCCUAUUGUUCUACAUGUAUAUGAUCAUGUAUUUAUGACAAAUGGUUGUAAACAACAGUUCUUUAAAUGGUUUUUCGUUAAUGGUAAUAAAUUCAUAACAGGGAACCUACAGUAAAUGAAGGUUAAUUCAUUCUGACUUCUUAAUGACUCAUCAUCUUUUAUCCAGACUUUCCCUCAUGGUAUACAUGAUUGGUUUAUUUUCACUUGGUCUACUAACCUACAAGCAGUUGGUCUUCUCAGCUAGUAAUAUAACACAUGGGCUAAACCCAUUGGCCCGUAUUCUGAAGUCGGGUUUAAGUUAAACUCUGGUUUUAAGUUGUGGUUUAACUAUGGAAAGCCAGUUGUUACAUAAACCUAUAACAGUAGAGGUUCAAUGUAUCAGCUCAUAAAAUAUUAUUAACUGCCUGGGAAGGAUAAGUAUGACAGUUGUCUUGACCAUUGAAGAAAUUAGUAAAGAGCACAGUAAACAUGAGAAGCAUUCACUGUAAACAAAAUAUUGAACCGUUUGGCUUCCCAUAAUUUUAGCACAGAGUUAGACCAUGGUCUAAGUUAAACCCUACUCCAGAAUACGGCCAUUUGGUCUACGGUCGUUGGUAGUAUAAUGUGUAAUUUAGUCUAAUGCUGAAUUGGUCUGAUUUUAGUUUGCUUUGUAGAAUGAAUAUUUGGUUUAUUAACAGUUCAUUCAGCCAUAUGGACUAAGUUAUGUUAUUAAACCAAGCAGAUAUUAGACAAAAUGGUUGUACCAUAACUGGAAAUUGGUAAUUUGGCUAAAUGUCAAUAUAUGAGCUGGUUGUAGACAAACUAGGAUUAGACCAUGUUGGAUGAGACUUAACAGAAACUAGAAAGUAGACUAAACGAUCAUUGACCAACUGGCAAUUUACUGUAUACAUUUACGUACUUGUCUUAAAAGACUUUACAUGUUACAUAACACUGAUUUUUAAUUGGUUUAAAUAAAAGAAGAAAAUCUUGAAAGGUCAUGUGUGAGCAGCUCCACAGUAUUUUUUUUCCCUAAAAAAUAAUCAUGAUUUAACCCUAUCUAGGCCGGGGGGGGGGGGGCCUCGGAGGCCCCCCCCCUCAACGAGUCGUGCGAUAUUUUCGCCAUGCAAAAUUUUUUGACCGCGCUGCUCGCUGACUUUUUACUUCCAAGUCUUGCGCAACUUUUGAGACCAAUUUUGCAUCAUCCGGGUACGCGGUUCCGAAAUUACGCAACGUUAUGUAAGUGCAUGUCAGACCAAAAAUUGCUCAAAAACGUGAUUUCGUGUACAAAGUCAAUGUGAAUUGUGUUUUCAACCAAAAAUCAUAAAUGUAAGAUUAUUUUUAGUUUUGCUGGUCUAAAUGUAUGUAUUUGAUGCUGUUUAUGAUCUUAGAAGAGUCCCCAACAAAUUUUAUUGAAAAAACAAUGAAAAACAAAGGGUCCAAAAAACAAAAAAAUACAUAAGAAAUUGCAAAAAACAAUAUAAUACAUAAGAAAUUGAUCUGAUAUCACCAUUUUUUUUUCAAGUAAACUUUCUAAAAACACCACAAAGAGUUUCUAUGCCAAAAAUUAGAACAUUUGGAGCUUUAUUUAGGGAGUUAGAGGAAAAAGUAUGAUUUCGCAUACUAAUUACGCAUAAAUUAGCAUAAUUGCUUAACAAGGAUUUGCAUAAAAUAAAUUACUAUACAAUUUUGUAGAUUAUAUCCCAGACAACCUGCGUGCCAAUUUUCGGCACGAUCGCGCGGUCGACGGCCGAGAUCUUAAGGGGGGGGCCUGGGAGGCCCCCCCCCCCCCCCCCCCCGGCCAUAUGAACUCCCAAAAUACCCCGGCCUAGAUAGGGUUAAAAGUGACUUCACACAAUUUUAAGCUUUAUAGAUUCAUAGUGAUGUAAUUGUUUUAUGGAUUUUUACCAAACCUUCAUCCAGAUCUUCCUCUUAUUUUUUAUUAAAACCAAUUCAUUAGGGUGGAUUUCGAAGAUUUUUCGAAGAAUAGAAUUUCAAUUAGAUGCUGUCUUUAUAAUGUUUUCAAACCCCUUGUCAUAACAAUGUUGACUGUUACUAAUAAUAAAUGACUCAUGAACAUUG